CCCGAGGCUUCCGGCAGGGGGCCCGGCGGCAAGCGGCGGUCGGGCAGCGGCGGGGCCGGGGCCUGGGGGGGGGGGGCGCCCAAGAUGGCGGCGGGCGGCGCGGAGGGCGGCUCGGGCCCCGGCACCGCCAUGGGGGACUGUGCGGAAAUCAAGUCACAGUUCCGCACCCGCGAGGGCUUCUACAAGCUGCUCCCCGGCGAUGGCGCCGCUCGCAGGUCGGGUCCGGCUUCCGCCCAGACCCCGGCGCCGCCCCAGCCGCCGCAGCCCCCGCCCGGCCCUGCUUCCUCCUCCGGCUCCGGCGCCGCGGGCUCCGCUCCGUCCCCACCGCCUGCAGGCCCGGGACCAGGGCCCGCGCUGCCCGCCGUGCGCCUCAGCCUCGUGCGCCUCGGGGAGCCCGACGGCGCCGGGACCGGGGAGCCGCCCGCCACGCCCGCGGGGCUGGGUGCCGGAGGAGACCGCGUCUGCUUCAACUUGGGCCGCGAGCUGUAUUUCUAUCCGGGCUGCUGCCGCCGCGGGAGCCAACGGUCCAUUGACCUCAACAAGCCGAUUGACAAGCGGAUCUACAAGGGCACCCAGCCCACCUGCCAUGACUUCAACCAGUUCACUGCUGCCACAGAGACCAUCUCCCUGCUGGUGGGGUUCUCCGCCGGCCAGGUGCAGUACCUGGAUCUCAUCAAGAAGGACACCAGCAAGCUAUUCAAUGAAGAGCGGCUGAUCGACAAGACAAAGGUGACCUACCUGAAGUGGCUGCCCGAGUCCGAGAGCCUGUUCCUGGCCUCGCACGCCAGCGGCCACCUGUACCUGUACAACGUCAGCCACCCGUGCGCCUCGGCCCCGCCCCAGUACAGCCUGCUGAAGCAGGGCGAGGGCUUCGCCGUCUAUGCCGCCAAGAGCAAGGCGCCCCGCAACCCGCUGGCCAAGUGGGCUGUGGGUGAGGGGCCCCUCAACGAGUUCGCCUUCUCGCCCGAUGGCCGGCACCUGGCCUGUGUCAGCCAGGACGGCUGCCUGCGCGUCUUCCACUUCGACUCCAUGCUCCUGCGCGGGCUCAUGAAGAGCUACUUUGGGGGCCUGCUGUGUGUGUGCUGGAGCCCCGACGGCCGCUACGUCGUGACAGGUGGCGAAGAUGACCUGGUCACCGUGUGGUCCUUCACCGAGGGCCGUGUGGUGGCCCGGGGCCACGGCCACAAGUCCUGGGUCAACGCCGUGGCCUUUGACCCCUACACCACGAGGGCCGAGGAGGCGGCCGCAGCCAGUGGUGAUGGGGAGCGGAGCGGAGAGGAGGAGGAGGAAGAGGAGCAGCCUGAUGCGGGGGGCACAGGCUCCGGCGGGGGAGCCCCCCUCUCCCCACUGCCCAAAGCCAGCCCCAUCACCUACCGCUUCGGCUCAGCCGGCCAGGACACGCAGUUCUGCCUGUGGGACCUCACCGAAGACGUGCUUUACCCCCACCCGCCCCUGGCCCGCACCCGCACCCUCCCUGGCACGCCUGGCACCACGCCCCCCGCUGCCAGCAGCUCCCGGGGCGGCGAGCCUGGCCCCGGCCCCGGCCCCCUGCCCCGCUCCCUGUCUCGCUCCAACAGCCUCCCGCACCCGGCAGGCAGUGGCAAGGCCGGAGGCCCGGGUGCCGCAGCUGAGCCGGGCACACCGUUCAGCAUCGGCCGCUUUGCCACGCUCACACUGCAGGAGCGGCGGGACCGGGGGUCAGAGAAAGAGCACAAGCGCUACCACAGCCUGGGCAACAUCAGCCGGGGGGGCGGCGGCGGCGGGGGCGGGGGGGGCGGCGGGGAUAAGCCCAGCGGCCCUGCUCCCCGCAGCCGGUUGGACCCAGCCAAGGUGCUGGGCACCGCACUGUGCCCGCGCAUCCACGAGGUGCCCCUGCUCGAGCCCCUGGUGUGCAAGAAGAUCGCCCAGGAGCGGCUCACGGUCCUCCUCUUCCUGGAGGACUGCAUCAUCACCGCCUGCCAGGAGGGCCUCAUCUGUACCUGGGCCCGGCCGGGCAAGGCGUUCACAGACGAGGAGGCGGAGGCCCAGACAGGGGAAGGAAGUUGGCCCAGGUCACCCAGCAAGUCAGUGGUAGAGGGCAUCUCCUCCCAACCAGGCAACUCCCCGAGCGGCACAGUGGUGUGAAGCCACGGAUGUCGGGGUUCCCAGCCCCCACGCUCCCUGCCUCCUAGCCGUAUCCCUCCCGCUGACCUCACGGAUCAACGUAUUAACAAGACUGACCAUGGCGGAGGGAAUGCUCCCGUCCCUUGCCCUGUACAGAUUUGGGGGGGCAGAGGGUCUCCCAGACCGGCCCAGACACUCGGGGGAUGUAGUGGCCCAUGCGGCCUCAGCCUUGUCCCCACCCACUGCCAAGUACAAUGACCCCUUCCUCUGAAACAUCAGUGUUCGCCUCAUCCCUGUCCCCAGCAUGUGACUGGUUGCUCCUGGGGGAGAGACUCCCUGCCCAUAAGCUCUGCGGUGUGCCCCUUGUCCUGGGGGCAGGGCCUGGGUGGCCCACCCCUCCCCUGGCCUCCACCCUGCCCUUGCUGUUGUUCGUGCUUUUGAAGAGUGUUAAAUUAUGGAAGCCCCUCCGGGGCCCUCCCUGUCCCCCAGGACCUCUUAUUUAUACUAAAGUUCCCUGUUUUCA